UUCGAUGUUUUUAUUUAGGGUAAAUCCCACGCUUCGUUUCUAGAUUUAUUAAAAAAUGUCAUUUUUAGUCACUAAAAAUAUUUAAUUCUAAUUAUAGUCACUCAAAUUUGUAACGGUCCACGUUUGCUCACUAUUCAUUAGUCUCCGUCCAACUCCGUUAAUGGAGUCCGUUAUGUGCUGACGUGGCAAACAAAAUUGCCAAAUCAGCGUAAUUUAACCCGGAAAUGAUGAAAUCCAACCCUCCACGUCACUUGAGCUCAGCCCAACCCAACCCUUAAACCCAAUCUAAACUUUGAACCCAACCCCCUCUUCCCUUCUCCAAUCUCUAACCCUCUUCUUCACUGACUUUUCCCUUUCUUGCUUCAAACCCUUCUACCCUGAUCCUCCUCACCACUUCUUCUCCCCACUCCUUCGUCCGGCGAAACAAAGCCCCAACAACACAUAGCUUCCUCUCCCCCACUCCUAACUCUAGACUCAAAUCCCCAUCGGGAUAGCUCCUCCAUGACGGGACGAACACCGAAAGUGCCAAUGUUGCCACCGCCCCAAUAUGGAAUCUCACCUCUGCUUUCGGUGGGGAAGAAGACGAAGAAGGCAAGUAGCUGGUGGGAUCAGGUGGAGCAAGUAUUUAGUGCUCUACCUGCUCACCAUUCUAAUAGUUUCCCACCCAGGGAAAUUUGCCCCCACUGUCGUGGACAGCGCCGGGGUCAUUAGCAGCGACCCACUGAUCGUCGAUUUGAAGUAUCGCAUAGCGAUAUCGAGGCAUGAAACAGAGAGCAAGUCCUUGGAGCUUCGGAAGAAUGAGUAAUUGAAAAGCCAUUCAAGGAAAAAGAAGGGGAUCUGAUUGUCGAGCAGCGCCAUGUCUCCGACAAUCGCAGCCUUGCCAGCUUUGGUUGAUUUUCUUGUUGGUUUUUCUCCACUUGUUGUUUCCUUGAGCAGAUGAUCCAGGGGCAACCAAGUUUCUUAACGCAACUAUCUCAGAAGACGUUCCGCUCAUUAGGAAUAAUUUGCCUCAACAUUCUCUCUUCGUGUAUACAUAUUUCCCACUUCCCGUCCAAGUUAGUUACUCGGGUAGCUAAUUUUGACCCAUUUCAGGGCUGGAUAAUGCGCUUGAAAAGCUAGUAGAGGAGCUGCCCGACAGGGAUUUGAGUCCAGAAGGAGUGGGGAAGCGGAAGCUAUAUGUUUCUCUAAGGGGCUGUGUUUCGGCGGAGGGAGUGAGGGAGAGAAAGCGAUGGGAAAGAUUGGGGAAGAAGGGUUAGAAUCAAGAAAGGGGAAAAGUCAGG